AUGGUGCCCAUGGUCACCGAGGCGUGGGCGCUCGCUGGGUGCGGCGGGGUGGCGGCGUGCAAGCCGGCCGCGGCGGCGCAGGAGGUGCCCGCGUUGCUGCAUCCUGUCGCCAAGAAACCCAUCUCGUUGAGAAGGGUGGCCGAGGCAAGGAGCGCAGGCCAGGACGCCGCUGUCGUCGUCGGGAGGCGCCGCGGCAUCGUGUCGUGCCUGCUGGUCAUGCUCGCACUCGCCGGUGCGUCCUCCUCGGGCGGCGCCGCGCGGGCCGCCAUCCUGGAGGCCGAUGACGAUCUGGAGCUGCUGGAGCACGUCAAGGAGGACAAGAAGAAGCGGCUCCAGAAGCAGGUGAUCAUCAGCUCCUCCGCCGCCGAGACAGGGUACUUGCAGGACCUGAUGUACAAGCUAAGCAAGGUGGGGCAGGCCAUUGACAAGGACGACCUCGCCGCCGCCAGCGAUGUCCUCGGCCCCGGCUCCGACGCACCGUCAGUGCAGAACGUCAAUGCAGCUUUCUCCAAGUUCAGCUCAAGUAGUGAGGAGAAGAGUGUGGUCAACAGCUUCUACUGCUCCUUGUCCUCCUUGUUCACAUUAAUGAGAAAGAGCGACAUCAACUCCUCCAAGUCGGCGUUCUUGUCGUCGGCCACGGCGCUGGAGAAAUGGGUGGAGCUGGCCGGGCUCACCGAUAAGCUCAAAUGCUUCUGA